AUGUCCUAUGUCUUUCUAGAUACUAUGCCUUGGUCAUAUGCGAUUUCCACGUUGGUUCUACAAUUUCACCGAGUUAUUAUGUAUCUUCUAACGGGAAAAUCUGAACUCGAACGAAUUAUCGCGAAUCGUACGUUACCAUUUUCGUCUCGUGUACAUCAAAUUGAGAAUUCUGUUAAUUUCACCUUAUCAAAUCCUCUCGAUGCUGAAAUUCAACAAGCCAAAUGCGAUCAGAAGAAAUCGUUAGUACACGAUAAAGUGUACGUUGUCAUACACAAAUUAGAUCUCUAUCAGAAACUAGUAAAACAAGUGGAAAGCAUCAGAUUAACAAAAGUGACGGCAACGGAUGAAAAACAUUUAGAAUUAUUCGAGAAAAUCUGGUCACGAUUAGUCACUCAAGCAGAUGAUGAUCACGAAGAAUUGCAGAUGAUUUCCAAACGUUGGACAAAGAUUGGCUUUCAAGGCUCAAAUCCAUUGACCGAUUUUCGAGGAAUGGGUUUGCUUGGUCUUCAAUGUAUAGAAUAUCUAUCACGUGAUCGAGAAACGUGUUUAACGUAUAUAAAUAUUCGCCCACCGAAUGAUUAUUCGUUUGCUAUUGGUGUCAUUAAUAUUGUUUCGUGGAUUGUUCAUUUGCUCGAACCUGAUCCGUUCAAGAAUAUUCAUUUCCAUCCAUUGUUAACACAUUUUUCUAUUUAUCCGUGUAAUCUUGACGAAUUCUUCCGACUUUUUCUACUUGUUAUGCAAGAAUGGCAUCGUUUUUGGACAGGUCAGAACGCGAAUAUAAUGCAAUUUGAACAGCUAUCGAAGAUUUUCCGAGCUCAACUACUUGCCGAAUGUCAACAAUUCCGUCCCAUUCGGCGAGGUUUUUCUGCAAAGAUUUCUAAGUAA